AGGGUGAAAAGAUAAAAUUGGAUAAUCAUCAUGGCGAAUGAUUUUCCACCCUAUGAUAAUGGCAAAGACUUAGUCGAGGCUGAUGUUGCACAACGCGAUGGCUCAGAUCUCCAAGAUGCCCGGCAGAAGAAUGUCGGCGAACUCGCGUUCGAGGAGUAUACGGCCGGUGGUCUCGGACGACACUUAGGGGUUUUAUCGACGACAUUUUUAGUGUACAACUUUUCACUUUAAAUCUGGCUGUAUUAUGAGGUUCGUCCGGUUUACUAACGAGCAACAGGGUCGGCCGUAUCAUCGGUAUCGGCAUCUUCUCGACACCAUCUUCCGUCACCGCAGAACUCGGCAGUGUAGGUGCAUCACUAAUGUUCUGGGCCCUCGGAUUUCUUCUGGCUGCUGCCGGUCUUUGCGUCUGGCUCGAAUUCGCUUCUAUGAUUCCGCGCAGUGGUGGAGAGAAGAAUUACCUGGAAGCUGUGUACAAGAAACCCAAGCUCUUGAUUACCAUUGUCUUUGCCGUGCAGGCUAUCGCGUUAGGGUUUACCGCAUCCGGCUGCGUCGUUUUCGCGCAAUACAUCCUUACGGCAGCCGACGUCGCAGUCACCGAAUGGGCCAAACGUGGUAUUGCAAUCGGCGUCAUUGUCUUCGUCACUCUAUUCCACACUUUUCUCCCAAAAUGGGGUGUUCGAGGCAUGAAUGUGAUAACAAUCAUCAAGGUUAUUAUCUUGCUGUUCAUCGUGGUCACUGGAUGGGUUGUGCUUGGUGGUGGUGUGAAGAAUGUUCCUGAUCCGCAUGCCAGUUUCAGAAAUGCGUUUGCUGGAUCGAGCCAUUCGGGGAAUAUGUAUGCUUCUGCCUUGUUCAAGGUGUUGAAUUCUUAUGCUGGCUGGAGCAAUGCCAUGUAUGUGCUAAACGAAGUCCGAAACCCCGUGCGGACAGUCAAGAUUGCAGGUCCCCUUGGUCUACUCAUUUGCGGUAUUCUCUACAUCUUUGCAAACAUUGCGUACUAUGCUGCAGCCACACCCCACGAAAUCGCAAAGAGCGGCGUGACGGUAGCAGGCUAUUUCAUGCUCAAAGUAUUCGGUCACGCAGCCCAACGUGCAUUGAGUGUCCUCGUCGCAAUAUCAGCCUUCGGAAACGUCCUCACAAUCACAUUCGCCCAAUCCCGGGUUAACCAAGAACUCGCCAAAGAAGGUGUAAUCCCAUUCCCCAAAUUCUGGGCUUCCAGCUGGCCCUUUGGUUCCCCCUCUGCGGGUCUUUUACUUCACUUCAUCCCUUCCUUCAUCGUAAUUAUAGCCAUUCCCUUCGGAGACGCGUACAACUUCAUCCUCGACCUCGAAGGCUACCCAGGCAGCGUAAUAAACUUUCUCGUCGUCCUGGGACUGUUCUAUCUCCGAAUCACGCAACCACACAUCCAUCGUCCAUUCAAGAUCUGGUGGCCCGUUGCGGCAUUCUUCAUGGCCGCUCAGGCUUUUCAACUUGUCGCCCCCUUUUUGCGUCCGCCAAGCGGGAAAGGUGAUACUUCCCUUCCGUAUUGGUUGGCUCCUGUUGUCGGGAUUGCGAUUUUGGCGGCUUCAGUGGUUUAUUGGUUUGUUUGGUGGGUUGUAUUACCACGGAUUGGGAGAUAUCAUUUGGAACCGAGGCAUGAAACCUUGAAGGAUGGUACGCAUGUGGUGGUUUAUAAGUCUGUUAAAACUUCUUAUAGAUCUUGAUAUGUGCUCGGACGGAAGCGACAAGCUUUGCUAAUACCAUUUGACGCUGUCCGAUUCUUCAUUCACAGAACUAAACUCCAGUGCAAAUAAAUCAAUGCCCAAUCUCACCAAUCUUAUGCCCAAUCGCAUUGGCCAUCAAACCCGCAUUUGCAACGCUACUCUUCAAAUUCCCUUCAACAAGCAUGUAGGUCGCAGCUACAACUUCAAGGUUAUUCUCCUCCAUGAACUGUUUCGUGCUGAACUUCCAUCGAUCAAACAGAUCCUGUGAUGGUUUUCCGAGAUCGCUUGCUAGGCCAGGAUAUUGCUCGCUUUGGGAGAUUUUUACGUCGUCGCUCUUUGUAAGCGAUGAUUUGGGUUUGAAAAGGAUGAAAGUGUAACGUGAUGGAUGGGGUUUUCUGCAUAAGUUAGCUACUUCCUUAGUCUUAUAUGAGUUAAAGAGGUAAGAGGCGUACCCUGUAAUAUCAAAAACGGGCAUAGGCGCCGGUCCGACAUAGGUGACUAAUGAGCCAGUGUCUGACUUGUCCGAAUCUUGUAUCGUGUCGAAUCGUAAGGUCCUAUUACACAUUCAGUCAGCCAGUCCCCUCCAAAUCCUCCAAGAACGUGAUGCAAACCUACCGGAUCAACCAUUAACAACGUAUAAUUAUCCCCCCGAUCUCCCUCCAGCUAUAACACUCAUUCACAUCAGUAUACGCCACCAGAAUGGUAUUGAUAAAAACUGACAGGAGGAUCCACAAAAACAGUCGGCUUCUUCACUUGCGUAUCAUCG